AUGUUUAAACCCCCUCGAAAGACUCUUCAAAAGUCACUUGAUACGCUUCUCGACAAUGCGCCAGAAUAUGUAGCAGAUGUUUAUUUCGAUUAUCCAGAGGGAAAACUAUGGGCUCAUAGAGCCAUUCUACUUGCACGAGUGCCAAUGAGCUUCCAGCAACGCAUGUCACUCAAUGAUAAGACGACCACGAUCGACAUUGCUGCCUUGAUUCCUUACAGCAUGUGCCAGACGUUGUUGCGAUAUUGGUACACUGCCAAUUUUCAUGCUGAACGUUCUUCUGAAUCACCAAUGAUUGGAUCGAUGGUAUCGAGUGGAUCGACGUUUUCAGCAGCGAGUACCAAGACGAGUGUAUCAUCCAUGAUUACUGAUGAGAUGGAUUCUAUACGAUCUACUGCGACAAUGGCGGUACGGACCGAGAUUGAACAAUUGGAGAAGCAACUUGGAUGUGAACUACUUUCAACAAUCACUGGCGACGAUACAACAAGGAGCGACUUUGAUCAAUUGGUUUGCGACCUCGAAAGGAUGCGUGUAGAUCAAUUGGCAAGUGAUGUCCAUGUUACUCUCUUUACACCCACAACAACAACGAGUGUUCCUUCUCCACCACCACCAACACCAACAUCGCCCACAAGACGCAACACGUGCUUUUCUUCAACAGGAAAAGAAAUCCCGUCAAUUUUAUUUACUCACAGUGAUCCAUCACCUUCAUCACCCACACCACCAUCGAAUGAUCAACAACAACAAAGGACAUCGUUCCCUGCACAUCGUUUCAUGUUGGCAGCUCAAUCACCUUAUUUUUAUGCCAUGUUUUGUACUCAAUUUCGUGAAUCAUCCAGCUCAACGGUGCAUUUACCAGGCGACUUGUUUUCACCGGCUAUUGCAGAGGCAACAUUGAGAUUCUUUUAUACGGAUUCGCUCAAAGUGCCAGAUCUUCCCAAUGUACUUCCACCAGGACGACAACGAUUGGCACAAAAAAAGUACGCUUUACGUAUCUUGCAACAAAUGUUCCCAGCAGGCGAUUAUUUGGGCCACGGCGACACAUUGUGCGAGGCUGCCUUGUAUGAAAUGGAUUUGUUGUGUCACGGGUUCAAGUGUGUUUGCGCUGAUUGUGCUGCAUUGUUACCAUCGAUGUUAUGGUUUGCUGACAAGAAUGCUGCUACCAUGCCAACAUUACGAUCCACCUUGAUUGCUCUUUAUUCCGACCCAAUCCAUGCUUUGGCCCCAUUAUGGUCACAACAGCCUUUUGCCAUUUUGGUGGGUGCAUUGGCAUUGACAGAUGAAUCACUCGCUGAGCAAGCCCUCUUGACAUUGUUCACCAAUACCACCACCCAUCAUGAUUCGGGAUUAAGCACGUUAGUGGAUGAGUUGCGAAAACACACCUUGGAAAAUGUCACCAAGCACAAUGCAAUUCAUGUGCUCCAUUCGUUGCAUUUAUGUUUAUCCAAGCUACGUGGCUCCAAUCCUUUUCCAACAUGGUCAUCGCCCGUCUUGGAUAUCCUCAAUCCCAUUGUCCAUCAUACGGUUGAGAUGGUUGCCUCCAACUUUGACUUUUAUUGUGUCGAGUACCCCAUUUUACUUUCAUGUGUGGAUGGCAUUGGUCAUGGCUUUUCUGUGGACUUUUUGGAAUUCCUUCUCAACCGUGUAUUGACUGAGAGCAUACGCGAUACCAAUGCUGGUAUCCUUUAUCAAGGCAUUGUGCGUGAUUUGAUUGGUCGUCAAGAAAUGGUCCAAAACCUUGCAGUGGAUGGGGUCUUGGUAGAUGCCAGGAAACGAUGCGCUGAAUAUUUGGCUCGUCGAUGGGUCCAAGUCAAAGCCCAAAAAGGAUUUAGCCGUGUGGAAAAGGAAGUAAUGCGACAUCUGUCAGAAGAUAUUGGGGUUCCUUAUCGCGCCUUGACUAAACCAAUCGAGUCCGAUUUUACUGCCAUGUUUAGCUUCAAGUCAAAACCGGGUAAAGUCAAAUCCAAACCAUUGGAUGACGGCACAAAUCGCUCAAGCAGCAGCAACAGCAACCGUUCACGCCGCUUAUCGCUGAGUGGGUUACGAAGACAACAUUCCAACAGCACACUCAAAUCGUCACAUGAUGAUCUCAAGCAGCUGACUCGCACACGUUCACUUUCCAAUGAUAUGGUUCCUUCACGUCCCGUCAUUUCGGAUACUCUCAGUGCUGAAAGCAUCAACAAGUUGUCUGAAAAAGGUUUAUCGUCACAGCCCUUGAUUCGUCUCUUGUCGCUUGAAAGUGAAGCACGUCGUCAACGUCAAGAAGGAGGAGGAUCAUCAUCAUCAUCAUCAUCACCCUCCUCCCAUUCACAUCAUUCACGUUCUCAAUCAUUGCCUACUUGCUUGGCAGAUGCAUUGCUUCCACUCGACUUGCCUAUCAUCCACCAUCAAAACACCAAGGCAUCAUCAUCUGAUAACAACUCAGCAUCCAAAAGUGCUACUUCAAAUGAUACACCUGGAUCACCCACCUCACCUCGUCCUUCAAGGCUCAAAUUUGAAUUGCCCACUACCCCUCUGCGUGCCAAAGCGCCUAUGCAAAAACCAUUCUUGGCUCCUUCUGCUGCACCUAAUGAACACAGCCAUGGCAAACAUCGUCGUAAUGGGAGUCGUCGUGCUCGUUCGCCGCAUAAAUCAAGGUGGGGCUUUGGUGGUGGAAGCAGUGAUAUCAGCGAUGAUGACGAAUUGAUCACCAUGGUGACACCGGUAAUUGGUGCCAAGGUCGAAUUGUUGCGUCGUCCAUUACCAACGCUGGGUAUGAUCAAGUUUGUUGGCAAUGUCAAUUUUGCCAAGGGUAUCUGGGUUGGUGUAGAACUCGAGAGUCGAUUGGGCACAAACGAUGGCCAAGUUGAAGGUGUGCGUUAUUUCCGUACCGAUCCACAACGUGGUGUAUUUGUCAAGAUUGACGACUUUAAAGUGAUUUCUUUACCCAAUAACGAUGGUGCGCCUUUGACCGUCUAA